UCUGCCUGCGCUCCUUCUAUUUCCGCGUCUGGGAGGAGAACAGUGGUGUGGUUUCAGGGGACUCUUAUCUGUCAAAAUGCAGGACCCAAAUGAAGAUACAGAGUGGAAUGAUAUCCUGAGGAAGAAAGGAAUUCUUCCUCCCAAGGAGACACCUAAGGAGGAUGAAGAGGAGGAGCUGGCCCUCCAACAGCAGUCUGUUGUUAAAACAUAUGAGGACAUGACACUGGAAGAACUAGAGGAGAAUGAAGAUGAGUUCAGUGAGGAUGAUGAAGCAGCCAUUGAGAUGUAUAGACAGAAGCGCCUUGCAGAGUGGAAGGCAACUCAGAUGAAGAAUGUGUUCGGCGAGGUGGGAGAAAUCUCUGGACAGGACUACGUCAAGGAGGUCAACAAGGCCGGAGAUGGCAUCUGGGUGGUGCUGCACCUCUACAAACAGGGCAUCCCUCUGUGUACCCUCAUCAACCAGCACCUGAGCGCAUUAGCCAGGAAGUUCCCUCAGACCAAGUUCCUCAAGUCCAUCUCCACCACCUGCAUCCCCAACUACCCCGACCGCAACCUGCCAACCAUCUUCGUUUACUUCGAGGGUGAGAUGAAGGGCCAGUUCAUCGGUCCUCUGGUCUUUGGGGGCAUGAACCUGAAAGUUGAAGAGCUGGAGUGGAGGUUAUCAGAAACCGGAGCCGUGAAGACAGACCUGGAGGAGAACCCCAAGAAACAAAUCGAAGACAAGCUGAUGUCGUCGAUAAAAAGUUCACUUCCUACACGAAAAGACAAUGACUCAGAGGACGAGGACUAUUAAAAAAAAAAAAAACACCUGUAACAUCAAACCAUGUGGCAGCUACAUGGAAAACACUCAGAUGACCUUAAAGUCAAGCAGGAACACUGAGGGGGCAGCACUGCCUUUGCCAACAUGAGCGUUUUGUAUUGUAACCAUGUAGGUGGCGCUCCUAUACUGGGAUCAGUCCUGUAUUUGGACAGGCCACCAGACUGCUUGGGAGAAUCAAACCUACAUUAUGAUCUUUUUUUAAACCUCCCAGGCUACCGUACAUUUCAGCAGGGGGAACGGCACAACAGUCGCUGUUUUGUAAUUUGAUGAAACAGCCUCAACUAAAUCUUUACAAAAGCAUCAAAGACGAGUUUUAACUUUUUUUUUUUUAUUAUUAUGUUUCAUGAUAAUUGUCACAAAAUGUUCAUGUACAUUUAAUUCUGUUAAAUUAAAUGUGAGUUCACCUCUUUUC